AUGUUUGGUUCGAACGAAUCUGGGAAACCUAAGAGGAGAUCUUUCUUCUUCUUUGGAAAUAAUUCUAAUUCAGAGCCUGCAUCAACGGCAGGAAGUACUACGAAAGGAACAGGCACAACUUCGAAAACACAAUCUAAACCCAUUACCAAGACUUCGGCUAAUAAAGCAACAACUUCUAUCACCAAGCAUACCCUGGGAACAAAGCAUUCAGAGUCGUUAUCAUCUAAGAUCGCUCCCUCAAAGCAUAUAUCCAAGACAAAAAAUUCGUUAGGAACAAAAAACUUACCAGGUACAAAAAAUUCAUCUGGGACAAGAAACUCAUCAGGAACAAGCAAUUCAUCGAUUAAAAACACAACAGCUUCUCAUUCUACAUCAUCGCUACCGAGGACUACAGUAAUAAAUAAUGCAUCAGCUAAUGGUAGUUUAAGUAGCACUGAUCAUCACAGCCAUAAUUUAAAUGAGUCAAUUAGGCACAAGCAGCAUAGUAUUAGUACAUCUGCUAUCAACAGCACAGCAUCAUCACAUUUAACGGAUAAGAAAUUCCUUCUUAGUAACCAAACUACACGAUCGAGUACUGCAGAUAGCAGAUUGAAUAUUUCUGCAAUUAGUUCAAAUCAUUCAUCUUACAAUACUAUAAGUCAAACACCAUCAAUUCCAGAACAAGAGUCUAAUAUGAAUGUUAGUCACAAUAAAUCCAUUCCAAGCUUAGGAGAACAACAUAGACAAAUGACGCCACAAGAUAAUCCUUUUUUAAUGAGAAAUAAAAAUAGGAAUACACCAGUUCAUGAUGAAAUCAGUACUCCAUCACAUUCAAAUAGUAGUUAUACUAAUUUAAACAAAAACACUAACAGGCAUAUACUAGAUUUAACACCUAAUAUAUCUAAGAUUAGUACUGUUAGUAGUACUAUAUCAGAGCAAGAUGAAAAUAUUAACCCAGCGUUAAGUCUAAUUAAUAAUUCAGUUUCUAACCCUAAUUCUACUUCUAAAUAUCACUCCACAUCCACAAUUAAUUCAGCUUCCAAUGAAAAUAGACGGGUUAACUCGCGUACAAGAAGGCCACCUCCACCUCCAGUUAAUAUAAAUAUUGUAAAUAAUGCAAUUAAUAGAAGUCUGGAGAAUGUUUCAUCCGUCAAUGAAAGUGCAAACACUAAUACAUUAAUAAAUAUAAAUUCCACCUCCUCUAACAAUAGCAUAAUUAAAAUUGGUUCUAAUCUAAAUUCAGUUAAUAAUUCUCAUGAUAAUAUUUCAAACAGCCCAGAAAUAAACAAUGUAUUUGCUUCCCUACCUGUCAUAUCAUCAAAUACGCAUGAAAGAAAACGAUCAGCUACAGAAAAGUUAGUUGAGGAUAUCGAUAAUUUUAUUUCAGAAACUUCCUCACCAAGGAAGUCUUCCAAUAUCUUGCCAACGAAUAUUUUUACGGAUAUCAAAUCUCAUCAAAGAACAAGGUCAGAAGCAGAAAAAUUGGUUGAUGAUAUUGACACAUUUAUGUCUGAAAAUUCAUCCAAAAGCCAUACCUCAGGUUUAAAAAUUAAUAAUAAUUCAACACACGAAAGAUCUGAAUCUGAAGCGGAAAGACUGCUUGUAGAUAUUGAGAACUAUAUUGCUGAAAAGAACUUAGAUCUAGAUGAUUCUGCUACUGCUGGAUUAAAUAUUUCACAUUGUAGUACUAAUAAUCAAGCAAUCAGUAAACAAAUCAAUGAUAGUGUAGAUGAUUCAAUAGGGCCAUCUCAUGAAGUCAGUACUUUAGCUAAAAAUGAGCCAAUUACGACUAAUAAAAAAAUAGAUAUAAUUGUUAACACAGAUUUAUCCAAUUUAGCAAUUGAUGAUAAUCCGAUAUUCAGUUCACAUAGUGAAAUUAAACCUUUAAGCUUUAAUAAUAAUAAUAGUCAACUAAUGAAUAAAUCGUCGAUCAAUUGCUUGGGGAAUGAGGGAAAUAAUACAAAGAAAAGGCCAGAUCCAUUAAACCUGGUGCCUUUAAAUAAUUCAUUAAAUACUUCAUUGAUGAAUACUGAAACUUUACUACUUCACAAUAGUACAAAUCCUUUUGCUAAUGAAAAUAUUUAUAACGAAUUUGUUAGCAUAGAAAAUUUAACAAGUAAUUCAACAGAUAAUAAAUAUGAUUACAAUGAAAAUACGCCAGAUGAGUAUUAUGAUUAUGCAAAUAAUGUCAAUACAAGAGAAACUUAUGAUGAUGAAAGUGAUGAUAGUGAAGAUAGUGGUAACCCAAGUACUAAUGCUAAAUUACAUUUUAAUCAAGAAAAUGAUUUUAUCAGGCAAAAAGGGUUUUCCUUUCCAACCACAAAUAAUGAAUUGGAUAAUAAAGAAAAAGAGGAAUCAUCACCAAGUGAAACUUCUCGCAUUCAUGGCAAAGAGCCUAUUCAAAAGCUAGUUAAUGAUUCAUUUAUAAGUAGUGUGUCAGAUACUGAUAACUUUAUCAAUAUGGUUGAUGGUGAUCUAUUACCACUUUUCAAUGAUAAUAGAUAUGUUUCAAUAAAUGGAUCACAAAGCAUGUAUAGUGAAAUAUCAGAUUUACAUAUUCAGCACUCGAAUGGAACAGGUAAUCUAAAUGAUAUUAUGGGAUCUCCAAGUAAUAAUAAUAGUAACACUGGCAGUAAUUUAAGGGUUGUAAAUGCAAAUAGAAGUGAUUCGAGUUCAAUUUUAUCUCAAGAUACUUCGGUCUCUAGUUCAGGGUCAAAUUUUAGUUUUAUUAAAGGCCAUGAAGAUACUUACAAUACUGUCGAUGAUAUGUAUCAUACAAAUAUCGCUAGUAGCAUGUCAAAUAGUUUGUCAAUCACAAACCUCGACGAUAAUACACGUAUGAAUAGAAAUACGAUUAAAGAUGAUAAUAGCACUGAAGAUUCUGAGAAUUUCUCAGCUCAACCUAGAAUGAAUUUUAGAAUUGUUAAUGAAAGUAAUGAUGCUAUUCAUGAUUCUGCUAGUUUAUCAGAUGAAUCAUAUCAUGAAAAUAAUACCACUCUUGAUCGCUCACUUGGUGAUGAUUUUGCCAAUAUGAUGAAUAAUGGAAUAUUUGGGAAUAAUAAUAUUGAAAACAUUUAUGUUGGUAACAAGAAUGUUGAAGAAGGACAAAGAUAUUCUGAAUACACAAAAAAUAUGGUAGAUACUUAUAUACGUGAUCAUUCUCGUGAAACCUCCCAGGAUUUAAAAUCAGAUUUUCCAACUGGAUUGUCGAAAGAUUCAAUGAUAAACACAUCAAUGGAUAGUAGUAUUCCAGAAACAGAAUUGACGAGUUCAACUACUGCAGGUCAAACUAUUUCUAGUAAAGCUAGCAGUGUACCCACAGCCAUAACUAAUAAUAGUGGUAAUAUGAUUUCUGCAGAAUCCUCACUAUCUUCAGAAUCUAAUGUUAAUAGCAAUGUUCGAUUAGUUUCCAGUUAUAUCGAAGAAAUUAGAUUAAAAUAUUUACCAACUACCAACUUCUUAAAUACGCCUCCAAACUUACCUAUUACAUUGAAGAGUAAAAACCAAUUAUUACGUACUAAGCAAAACAUUAAAGUUAAGAUUAGAACUAGUUCUAAACAAAUUGGUAUUAAGCAUGGCGCAGCCAAACCUAAAUUAUUAGCUCUGGAAACCAUGAACGAAGAAUUUAGUGAUAAAGCUGGGCACGGUAGUAUAAAUAUAAGAACUAAUAAUAUUGGAUCUAGAAAGAAGAAUAUAAAUCAUACAAAGGAGUUCCAUGAAUUAAUGAAUAAACAAAAGAAUAUUAGGCAAGAUGAUAUUAUUGAAGAUGAAGAAGAAGAUGAAGAAGAAUAUUUGAAUUAUAUUCCUGGUGACGAUGCGUAUGAUAGUGAUGACAUGAUGGCUCCAUUACGGAAGAAGAGUCAAAAUGGAAAGGACAGUGAUAAUAAAAGUGGUAAAAAUUCCAAAUCAAUUGAUAGGAAUAAUACAGUGUUGAGUUACUAUACUCGUAAGCAACGAAAACUAUUGGGAGAAAAUAUCAAUGACGAGUCUAAAGGACAUGCGUUACCUUCACUAGAUGGUUUUGAUGGAUUUGAUAGUGGGCUAAGACUUGCUAAUCCUGAUACUGACAAUAAAUAG